GUGUGUGUUGCUGAUCACGCCCAUGCGGUCUCUCUACACGCACUGUGUAAGUUCUGAACCACUACAAGUUCCAUCUGGAAGGCGAUUGAACAGCGAACCACCCUCGUAGCCUCACCGUCAUGGGCAGACACACGGAGAUGUUCGAACUUGUCGGAGGGAAGCGGAGAGGAGGGGAACUAGGUGGCUACGGGGACUACCCGGGAGAGGAGUCGCCCGCCUCCCGCCGCUACAGCCCGCUGUUAUGCCUGCUGGCAAUAUGUGUCAUCAUCGUCAUCGUUGCCGUCGCCGUCGGCGUGCAUUACGGAGUAGCGCGGCAGAGAAAACUCGAUGAGGAUGCUGUGAAGGAUGCGGAGGAGGCUGCGAGGGAUGCUGCAGUGCCGCCGGCCGAUCGCUUGAACUGCAUCCCUGAAGGGGAGGUCACCGAGUCCGAGUGCGAGGCGAAAGGUUGCGUCUGGUCGCCAGGCAACGCAUCCAGCCCGCGAUGUCACCUGGCGGCGGGUAGCGGCUACACGGUGCAGAGUGCGGAAGAGACAGAGGAGGGCUUCAGGGUGUUUCUUCAGCUGCCCGCUAGGCGGCGUGAGAAGCGGUCGGCGGCUCGCGGGUUUUAUUCGACGGCGGUGGAGCUACUUGUUUUUGAGGCACGUGACAUAGACAACAACAUUGUGCGGUUCAAGACAUUUAUCAAAGAUAAACACAUAGAUAAACACAUCUCACGGGUGGGAAAACGAGAUACGAACCCGGAACCCAUCACCGCCUAA